ACAUGAUUGUGGAAGCGGUUCAGGCGGCGAAGAGGUUUGCGGCGACGUUGGGAGGCGAUGGGCUGCUCUUCGACAUGAACAAGAAAGUGUCGCAAGCACCAUGCAGAUCUAUUAGGUUGGUCCAUUGUGUGAAGGAACUCAUUGACGCCCUGGCCGCUUCGACCUGUGCUUGUGUGGUCGUGCUGAAAUGUUCGUCCGAUGAUACGAGGUGGGAAAACGUGUGGGACUUGCUUCAAGCGAAUCAGCAUGUUUCCAGCCUCUGGCUCGAUUAUGCAUCCGACGCAUCAACUCACGGCCGCUUGCCGUUCCACCUUCAUCUGCACUUAGCGGUGGACCUUCCUCUCGACCUCCAGCAGUUCAUCCUUCGUCCUAUCGAGUCGCCAUUGCGUGCUUGGGGGCCAUCAGUGGCCAAGGAAGUGAUGCGUGCCCACGAUGACAAUAGCGUGAAGUCCGUCCCUCUUCAACUCGCUUUGUUCUCAAGAAGAAGCUGGUGCUUCUCACUACCGCCCGCCACUUCCACUCGAUGCUGACGGAGCUCCAGCAAGUAUUGGUGUGGUCUUCCAUUCAUCCAGUCAUCAUCGAUUUCUUCGAUACGAUUCCGUCUCUACACAACCCGACGUCCACGAACGCGACGCUCUUUGCAUCGUCCAACGACCGCUACAUGCCAUCCAUGCAGACGUCACUGUCGCAGUCACCCGUGUGGGCCAUCCAGCAAGCAUAUUAUAAGUCCCAAGGCAUGGCUGCGUGGAGCUCCAACACCGUUCCGUACGGCGUGUCUAGCUCUUCGUUCGUCGCUGCCGCCUACGCUCGUGUCGUCUUUCGGUUUUUCGCCGAUUGCUACCACCGCAACUUCCUCGCACCCACUGGUGCUGUCAACUGCUUUGUUCUCGAGGGUGGCAGUGGGUCGUGUAAGUUCGCGGCCGCGUUCGUACCAGAACUCAUGGCACUGCUUCGAGAUGCCAACUUGCUCCAGUCGAUUCGACCGUGCACGGUGCUCACAGACCUGUGCGCCGACGUUAUCGAGAGCCGCAUGAUUCACCCGGUAUUUCAAUCGCUUCGGCAGCAGUUUCCAUACGCGGUGGACUUUGCCGUCAUGUCUUGCGAUUCCAUCAUUCGCAACGAUCCUGUGCAUUUGCGCCUUGCCAACACAACGCUCACCGUGGCCGGCCAACCUCUGUUUCUCAUUGGCAAUUAUUUUUUGGACUCGCUGCCCACCGAUGCGUUCGUCGUUGACGAAGCCGGCACGACAUUUGAAAUCCGCACCGACAGCCGCGCCGACGAGUUUGUCCCGUCGCCACUCGCGGAUGUCGCAACGUACUACAAGGACGACGAUGAUGUGUCGGCGACGUUAAACCAAACGCUGGCGUCGAUAGUGGAGGUCAUUCGAACGAGCUAUCCUGGUCGAAGGGGGUUGGUGCUCUUCCCAGUCCACGCGUUUCAGUUUUUAUCGGCGUUGCGUCGACUUCAAGGACCCGCGACACCAUUUGCCAUGCUCGUGGGUGACGCGACCGUCCACUUUAGCGACCUUUUGCAGGAUAUCCCGGAGCUCAGUCCCCAUGCCGACUGCUUCUGCCUUCCUGUGGACUUUGAUGUGAUCCAGCGCUUCCUUGACGUGGCCUUUCAUCCGACCCACGUCGUUCAAGUGACGUCGACCGUCCCAGUCUUCAGCGACUCGUUCCAAGUGCUCCAUGCCACGAUGUUCCCGACGGCGCCAAAUGCAUCGCUGAUUGAACCAUUGAGCCACGAGUGUUUUACACAAGAACUCAAAGGCUUUGGUGCAAACGACUGCGACCUCAUCUUGGGCGCGCUGGAAGGUAGCCGCGGGUUCUCCACGCUGACACCUCAAGCUGCGUUUCUGGCUCUGUCCAACUUUGACUUUGAUGUGUUUCUCUUGUUCAAGUGGCAAAUCGUGAAGGCGGCCGCACAUUUGGCUGUGGCCGACCCACAGCGAGACCAUCUAGUUAGCUUGGGGACCAAGUGCUAUCAGAAGCGGUAUUCCCUGGCCGUUGUUGACGAUUUCAACGUCCAACUUAGCAUGGCGCGUUGGUUCUACGGUGCGUACGUCCCCGCCACACGUAAUGUCUUGAUUCAGUGUUAACUCCAGCGUUCCGAGCGUACGAAGCGUCGGCUGAAAUUUUGAAGGCCCUGAUGCCAACGCACGACGUUCGAGCUCUAUAUCUUCUAGGGGUACGCGCGUCACACGUCCCGUGGUGGGUACUGAAGUGAACUUGAUGAUCAGCUGGUGUGUGCACAACUCGGCGCACGUGACAAGGCGCGGCUCCUCCUGCAGUCGUGCCACAGCCGCAAGCCCCACACAAAGUUUGCAGCGCGGCUGAAGGCAUUGUGACCCAUCACAAUUGUGUGUGUGACCGUGAAGUACCCCUCAUCAUUGAUUGGUGGAAAAUUCUAGAAUGAAUUCAAUGAUUGGUCAAUCAUCUAUGGAUUUGCAAUGUUCCGAACGGUUCCACACGUUUAGGACCUGUUGAA